UUCUUGUAUUCUUGUCAAGUAUUUCGUGGAAAAAGCUCAUAUCCCGUAUAGAAAUAAGUGGAGUAGAUGUCUAUUAUGAUCUUAUUGAAGGUGAUGUUACUACAAGGUGGCUUGUUGAAAGCAAGGUUAAUGGUUAUACUUAUUCGGGUAUCUAUGAUAAGCGAGAAUCAGUACCACAUGAAAAAAAUAACUCAAGAAAUCUAAGAGGUUCCUUAUUUUGUUUCGUUCCAUCUUGUGGUGGCCAGUGGAUAGAAUAUUCAAUUAUGGAUAUUAUAAAGCUUGAUGUCUCAAUUCAUAGUACAAUUUUUGUUAUGUAA